CUUCCGUGGCUGUCCGCUAGAAAAAGCACACUGUGUUUCUUUGUUCGCUGUUUCUGACUGUUGGCGAUGUUUCUGCAGCUCCUUACAAUGUUUUUAUCUUCACGCUGACAUCAAAAACCAACCAACCAGAAUCAUUAGCAGUCACAGCAACAUCAGAAGUAGUAGUUCUAACAUCAAUAAUCAAGCAACCAGUAUCACUGGCAUUCACUGCAACAGCACACUGCAGCAGCAGUGGUAAUAGGAGCAGUCAUCACACCAGAAGAAGGCAGCCACCCUUGAGAAGCCAGGAUUUUUGCUGGGGCAAAUCAGUGAACAACAGCACAUAACAGGGAACAGGUAAAUGUUUGCAAGCAGAGGAAUCUACAACAAGGUAUGAAAUCCAGUAACAGUGUAAGAGAAAUGCAUCAACAGAGUGUAAAGUCGCAGGUCAGUCGGAUUGUUCAAAUCAGCUAAGAAUUAUGAGUCUGAACAUUCAGUGUCUUAUAAACAAGUACUUUGAACUUGAGGUAGCAGCAAAUAGUGACCAUAUUGAUUGUUUAUGUGUUAUGGAACAUUGGUGUAGGGUCAAUGAACUAAACAGCAUAAAAUUAAGCCAAUAUAAACUUGCCUGUCAGUACUGUAUGCAAAAUGCCAAAGGUGGUGGUGUACCCAUUUCUCUAAAUCCCCAGCUUAAACUUAAGUUAAGAUAUGAGGCUAAAUGACUAAUCAUAGAAAAGGAUUUUGAAGCAGUAGUCAUUCAGUUAUAUAGUUUAAAGAAGAAAAUAAUUGUUGCAGCAAUUUACAGAUCACCAUCUGGAGAUACUGAAGUCUUUCUUAAGAAUUUGGAAGGAAAAUGAGAACUCUAACAUAAUUCUUUGUGGUGAGUUUAAUAUUAAUGUAUUGGUCCAGAGUUCAGAAAAAAACGAGUUUUUAGACAUACUAAAAAGCUUCAACAUGUUCCCCCACAUAUCAGCUCCCCCUAGAACAACAGAUUCCAGUGAAAGCCUAAUAGAUAACAUCUUCUCAAAUGUGGUCACACAUAAAGUUGCAGUUACAAAUGUGAAUUUAGGAUUAUCAGAUCAUAAUGCACUAACCUUUAAUCUCACUGCAACUCCCAAGGACGAGGAAAAUAAAAAGGAGUACAAACAAUUUUUCUCUACUGAAAAUUGUAAUCAGUUCAAAAAUAAUUUAAAAAAUGUAGUUUGGUCAGAGGUCUUGGGACAAACAAACACAAAUGAUGCUUACAAUAUAUUUGCUUCCACUUUUAUGACAUACUUUGAAAUGUGUUUCCCAAAUAAGCUUUUGAGUAAUAGAUCAUCUGGAUCCAAAGGGACCUGGAUUACACCCGGAAUUAAAAAUUUAAGUGAAACCAUGAAAUUAUUAAUCUUAAAGUUAAAAACAUGUCAGGAUCAGCAGUUUGUUGAAUAUAUGAGGACAUACAAAAAGACUUACCACAAAGCAAUAGCAAAAGCAAAAUUAUUAAGUAAUGAUAGAUUAAUAAGGCAGGGUAGUAGCAAGUACAGAAUGAUGUGGAAAAUGGAAAAAAAGAAAUUGGGAGUCAAACUAAAGAACAGGAAAUCAAUCUUAAAAAUAAUGAAAAUAUCCCCAUAGAAAAAUAUGUCAUGGCAAACUAUGUAAACAAUUAUUUUGUAAAUAUUCCCUUACUUUAAGUAGUAAAUUUAAGCAACAACCUACAGUGACGACUCCAAUGGUAAAUACCAGCAUGAGGGCAGUCUCAGCAGAUGUGCAUGAAGUUCUAAAAGUCAUUAAAUGCUUGAAAUCCAAAAUUUCCUCUGGGUUGGAUGAUGUACCUGUAUCAAUAAUUAAGAAAAUUGCUCCAUGUGUUGUCUAACCUAUAGUGCACAUAGCAAACUUGUCCCUUAGUGAAGGAAGAUUUCCGGAUAAACUUAAAAUCUCUAAAGUGAUACCUCUAUACAGAAAUGGUGACAGACAUAAAAUCGAAAAUUACUGACCUAUAGCUCUCCUCCCAGCCUUCUCCAAAAUACUUGAGGAAUUAAUGAAAAUCAGGGUUACAAAAUAUCUAGAAAAACAUAAACUAAUAAAUAACAGUCAACAUGGUUUUCGAGCAGGACACAGUACAGAAACAGCCAUAUUGGACUACACAACAGAGCUAGUAAGAAAUUUGGAGUCAAAUAAACAGGUUGUUGGAAUUAAUCUAGAUUUAUCCAAAGCCUUCGAUACUGUGAACCAUGUAAUAUUACUAGGGAACUUGAAGCAAUAAGCAUUAGGGGUACUGUUAAAAAAUGGUUUGAAUCUUAUCUGCAAAACAGGUCACAAGUUGUUGAGCUGAGGUCAUCCAACAAUCUUAAACUCAUAUCUGAACCAAAACAAAUUGAAAUAGGUGUUCCACAGGGCAGCAUUCUGGGCCCAUUGUUAUUUCUAAUUUAUAUCAAUGAUAUACAGGCUCCAGACACCUCAGCCAAAAUUCUACUACUUGCAGAUGACACGAGUAUCAUAAUUAGUGAUAUAAAAGAAUCAUUGUGUACUACAGCACAAAAAAUGCUCUCAUACAUACAGUCAUGGUUUUAUUCAUGUUGACAUUAAGUACAAAGAAAACAAACUUUAUACAGUAUGGAAGCAAGUGUCAAGGGGAAAAUAUGUGCAUUGUGCUGGAUAAGAAAACAAAUAGAAAAAGUGUGCACCACAAAGUUUCUGGGAAUGCGAAUUGACCAAGAUUUAAUCUGGAGAGAACACAGUGUAUAUCUUACUCAGAAACUUAGCUCAGCAUGUUUUGCCUUAAGAAUAAUAUCCAAAGUAUUUCCAGUCAGCUGCAAGCUAUGGCAUAAGUUUUUGGGGAAAAACCAGGUCAAGACUAAAUGACAUUUUUAUUAUGCACAAAAGAGCUAUUGGUAUCAUGACACACAGCCCACCACAAACUCACUGUAGACCCUUAUUCAGACAACUAAAAAUACUGACAAUACCAUCAAUAUAUAUUUUUAAAUGCCUGGAAAUGAUCAGUAAAAAUAACUGCGAUCUCCAAACCAACUCAAGCAACCAUGAUCACAAUCCAAGGCAUUGUAAAGACUUCCCCAUUACCUAUGUAGCAAAAACUAGAAGUCAGAAACAUGUUAGCCACUUAGGAAUAAAGCUUUUAAAUGCACUUACAUCUCAAAUUAAAGAAUUGAAAGGCAAAAGUAAUUUCAAACAUGAAGUAAAAAAAUACUUGAUGGAAAAAUGCUUCUACGGUGUAAAUGAAUACCUGUCUCAGACUGUGGAUUGAAACCUGUACUUAAUUUUUAAAAAUUCAAACGAAUUUAAUUAUGUUUUCAAGUUUGUAAUUAUGGUACUUAUGAAAAAUCUGUUAAAUAUCUGUAAUACGUUUUGUGUAUAAGGCGUAGUUCAUGAUCUGUAAUUGUUUAUCAUGAGCAUGUACUCUUGUUUUUAUGUAAUAAGUUAUUGUACACUACUUAUGUACUAUGUUUAUGUAAUCUGUUUUGCUGUUUGUAUAUGUUUGUCCAGUUAUUAUGUGUAUGUAUUGUUACGUGUUACGAGUAAUCAAAUGACAAAUCUUAUAUCACAUGUGUGACCUAUUGGAUGCUAUA